AUGAAAGCUAAAGCAUCAGUGGAUCAUUUGGCUGAAAAUCCUAUCAAUGAGAAAUAUGAGCCAUUAAAGACUUACUUUUUGGAUGAAGAGGUACAUGGGGAUUUAAUACAUUUCCCUCCAUCUGAGUUACAUACAAUGACUGCUCUAUGGCCUUUUGUGUCUUGGGGAAUGGACGAAAUUAGACGAAUUAAACCGAACGCCUCAAAUGGAUAUAGGUUCAUCUUGGUAGCUAUUGAUUAUUUCAUAAAGUGGGUAGAAGCAACAAUUUUCAAGUCAGUGACCAAGAAAGCAGUGGUUGACUUUGUUCACUCCAAUAACAUAUGUCGAUUUUACAUUCCAAAGAUAAUUGUCAUGAAUAAUGCUGCAAAUCUCAACUGUCAUUUGAUGUAUGAAGUGUGUCAACAAUUUAAAAUUAUGCAUCGAAAUUUAAAUCCUUAUCGCUCGAAGGCGAAUGGUGCUGUGAAAGCUGCCAACAAGAACCUAAAGAAAAUACUUCGCAAGAUGGAGCAGGGUGCAACUCCUUAUUCAUUGGUGUAUGGAACUAAAGCGGUUAUACCUGCAGAAAUUGAGAUUCCAUCUCUUCAAGUUGUUGUGGAAGCCAAAAUUGAUGAUGAUCAGUGGGUAAAAAACCGAUUGGAGUAA